GGCUAAAUCGGGAAGCGAAAGUUGGAUCCCUGCUCCACUGGGAGCAACUUUGUGAGCCCCCGCGGCGCUAGGGUUUUCCAGCCUGGCCGCCGGGAGCCCCGCCCUCUCCCUGGCCGGGCCCUCGUGGGGUUCCCUGGUCUCGGAAACGGCCCUUCUCCCCCGUCUGGGGUUCACGCCACAGACCCUCAGGUGCCAGCUGCUGCAACAUGGGUCUGGCAGCGCCAGCGUCCCCUGGCGCACGAGCCCCUUCCGGUGCCGGUUCCCGCGCUCUGGCCCGGGCAAACCCUUGGUGAGCUGGGCAUCACCGCUCCCCGCUGGACUUCCGGGGCUCCGGGCCCCUAACCCACUACGACUCGUCCUCGCCCGCUGUAGGGCCGCCGCUCUCACGCGGAGGCUGCGGGCAGCCAGGCGCACCGUGUGGCCUGCCCUGGCCGGGCGCUGGGAGUGCCAGGUGGGGCGCGGUGGUCACUGAACACCCCGCGUGGCCCCGGAGUUCGGGUCAAGGAGAAGAGUGGACACUGAGCGAGAGUUUUCAAGAUGAAUUAUACCGAGUCAAGCCCAUUGACAGAAUCAACUGCAAUAGGUUUUACACCUGAGUUAGAAAGUGUCAUACCCGUGCCUUCCAAUGAGACCAUAUGUGAAAACUGGAGAGAGAUACAUCAUCUAGUUUUUCAUGUAGCAAAUAUUUUUUUCACAAUUGGGCUGGUUAUUCCAACUAGUCUUCAUCUUCAUAUGAUACUUCUUAGGGGGAUGUUAACUAUAGGAUGUACCCUUUAUAUUGUCUGGGCCACUCUCUACCGAUGUGCCUUGGAUAUCAUGAUCUGGAACUCUGUGUUCCUGGGUGUCAACAUUUUGCAUCUGUCAUAUCUUUUGUACAAGAAAAGACCGGUAAAGAUUGAAAAGGAACUCAGUGGCAUCUACCGCCGAUUGUUCGAACCACUCCGUGUGCCUCCAGAUUUGUUCAGAAGGUUAACUGGCCAGUUUUGUAUGAUCCAAACCUUAAAAAAGGGCCAGGCUUAUGCUGCAGAGGAUAAAACCUCCGUUGAUGACCGUCUGAGUAUUCUUCUGAAGGGGAAAAUGAAGGUUUCCUAUCGAGGACAUUUUCUGCAUAACAUUUACCCCUGUGCCUUUAUAGAUUCACCAGAAUUUAGAUCAACUCAGAUGCACAAAGGCGAAAAAUUCCAGGUCACCAUCAUUGCAGAUGAUAACUGCAGAUUUUUAUGCUGGUCAAGAGAAAGAUUAACUUACUUUCUGGAAUCAGAACCAUUUCUAUAUGAAAUAUUUAGGUAUCUCAUAGGAAAAGACAUUACCAAUAAGCUCUACUCAUUGAAUGAUCCUACCUUAAAUGAUAAAAAGGCCAAAAAGUUGGAACACCAGCUCAGCCUGUGCACACAGAUCUCCAUGCUAGAAAUGAGGAACAGUAUAGCCAGCUCCAGUGACAGUGAAGAUGGCUUACACCAGUUUCUUCGGGGCACCUCCAGCAUGUCCUCUCUCCAUGUGCCGUCCCCACACCAGCGGGGCUCUGCCAAGAUGAAACCAAUAGAAGAAGGGGUGGAAGAUGACGAUGAGGUCUUUGAGCCCGCGUCUCCAAAUACAUUCAAAAUCCAUCAGUUGCCUUGAUCAGACAGCGGGGCCAAGUUACCAAGAUGGAAACUGUCUUGAAGAGAUCCUGAAAAAUACCAGCACUUCUUCAUGACUCAUUGAUCACUCUGCUUGAGCACUGGUGGUCUGUGGGUAGGAAAGUAAGGAAAGGUCAAAACCUGCAAAGGUUAUUUUCGCUCUCCUUUUUAUUGAUCAGCUUUUUAAGCAGUUGUUUUACUGAGCCUUCUGACUAAACCUAGUUCUAUUUUGAGAUAUAUAUUUUCACAGUAUUUUCUAGAUAUAUUGUUGUUCUGACUUAGCACUCUGUCAAUGCAAAUGCCUUUUCACUUACUUUCUCCAAGUUGUGGUUCAUUUUCCUCACGUUUUUUUCUCCACUGUGGCAAUGGGGUUGUCUAUUUGAUAGUUUUAACGAAAGUAUAAGUUUGAAACCGAGGUUGAGAUGGCAUUAGAAAGCAGGGAUUCUCAGGCCUUGUUCAAUUGAUUUUUUAGCUGGAAAUUUUUAAAGAAAGAUGUGAUUUGACUGGCGUUUUUUAUGUGUUUCGUUUUUGUUUUUCCCCCUCCCAAGUCAGACACAUCACUCCACUAGAUCCCCUUACUUAUUUGAGCAUUGUGUAGAUAGCUUCAUAAUGAACAAAACUCUUCAGACUUUGCACAUUACCCUUAUAUCAUGCUAUUUAUAAUCGGGUCUGAAACCAAAAGCUGGAAAGAUAGCAGAUGGAAGGAUUCUGAGCUCAGUUUGACCUAGGGCCAAACUCGACUUACCUGUGAUUUGGGGCCAUCUUGUCCCACACACCCUGGUGUGGGGAAUGCUUUUCUCGGGGUAGGGAGUCAAGUGGCCAAGCAAAUGUUAAAGAGUGAGGUGAUUGAAGGAGCAAUUUUUAUUCUUUGGUCAGUAUUCUGAGGUUUCAGACUGUUCCUCCAGAGCAAUCGAUGUCUUUUUAAAAUGUUUGCCAGAUACCCAGUGCCAGGGUUCCAAAUGUGAACACAGCUUUGGGGGCAGACAGUUCCCCAUCAGCCAGGCGACGGGCACCCAACCUAGAUGUUGCAGUGAGGGCUUUGAUUCCAGAUCUCUCUUUUCUACUAGAAUCAUGUUUCAGGAAACAGUGGCAUUUAUGGUGGGAGAUGAGAAGUUUGCUGAAAUCAUCGGUCAAACAGGGCAAUGUGAGUGUGGCACUCAGUUGGGUGAAGCCCAUUGAUUGGCUAUGCUAUGUCAUACAUCAUGUUGAUUUUAUUUUAUCCACCAGAACCAACUUGAGUCAGUCCCCUGUUAUAUUAAAUAGCUAAGAAAAAUUGCAAAUGAAAUUAUUUUCAAGUGAGCUGAGCCAAAAACAACAUCUCUUGCCAAGAGGUGAUUUCUGUUAGAGAAGGUAGAUAAGCUAGUCUGGGGUCACCUCAUUUUCCUAAAUCCAUUUUUUUGAGGCUAAUUGUUUUAGUAAUUUCACUGGAGUUAAAUUUACAUGCUCGGCUACUCACUAAGAAGAUUUCCACAGACUGGGAAUUUGGCUCCUAACGUCUUUAUCAAAUGUUGAUUUAUUAACAUCACAGUAGAAAGGCUGAUUUCACUUUCCUAUUAGAGUGGCCUCGUCAGUUUUCUACAUUAUGAAUUUAUUUUGGGGAACAGAAGCACAGAUGAACGACUUAGCCUUGGCUUUAAGAUUGUAAAGAUUCAUUCGGGUGAAGUCUUUUUACGGUGCCCGAGAUCACAUGUGUGGAUAACUAUAGUGUAAUGGCGUUAGAACUGCUUUCCUCUAACUGUUAGAGUAAGGUCAUGUAGACCAUUUAGUUUAUACACGCCUAAGACUCAUUUACAAAAUCACUCUAUAGAGUAAUUAGAAAUUACAUCCUUCCCUGAAUAGAAAGUAAUUUUAGAUUCUGCUGAGGCCGUGUUUUUAAUGUUCUUGUGGAUUCACAGAACCUGGGGUUUCCCUAGCCUGACCCAUCUUCAGGUAUAUCUCACUUGGUCAAGCUCAGACAUUGGAAAGGGUCAUCUCUCAUGAUCAACCUGCAUGUGUUUAGAGGUUUUUUUUUUUUCCUGUGAAGCUGGGAACAAACAUUUUUAAAGGCACACUGAAAAAAUUAGAUGAUGUGAAUUCAUUUGCUGUUUUUAUUAAAAUCCAUGUGGGAGCGUGCACAUACAUCCGUGUUAUUGAAAACAAAGAUUGUAAUCUCAAGCUUAGGAAUCUGAAAAGGCCACUUAGCCUGAAUGGGAAACAUGAAACUGUUUUUAAAUACACACCUCUCGAGACAGUGAGACUUGGGGAAAAGGAGACGCAAGCCACUGAGGAGCCCUCCCACAUAGACUUGAUAGCAAAGAAGCAAGAUAAGAAAACAGAACAGUUUUAAGUGUAAGAUCUCCUAUGGAUGACUUUGAAUUCAUUUGUACAAGUGAACAAGCGUAUCUUUGUAUAAGGCAUAAAUACAUAGACAAAAAAACAUGUUUGCUGCCAAAAACACCACUAAGAUGCUUCCUGUGUUUUUUGGUGUCCGCUUAGCUGUGUGACCAAGGUUCAGAAAAUGAUCUGCAAAAAUUGUUCUAUAUAUAACCCCAAAUCUACUAUGUUUAAUUGUAGCAUCGAGUCCACUGUAUGAAUCAGGAGUGUAACAUUUAUACCAGAACAUAUGUGUCAUUUGUAAUGUUUUGAAAGCCCUCAUAUUUCUAUUUAUAAAAUAAUAGCAGAGAUACUAGAUAGAAACUCAAUGAUGUUUAUGUAUCUUAAAUUAGUAAUAAUGGGUGCUAUAUAAUGGUCAGUUACCAACUGUUGCUUUCUGAGAUCUUUUCCACUUCUCCCUCUAUCUAGUUCAGUUGUCCUUUUGUCAUUGGACACCUUUGUGCUUUGCUGCUAAUAUCGCACGCACUGGCAGAUGCCACCUUCUUCAUGUUUGGCUCUCCUUCCACACGUCUGAAGCUUUUCUGAUUUUAUAACUCGGAACUGCUAAUUCCUGCCUUCUGGGUCCUGUCAUGGCCCCAAAGACGGGGCUUCUUGGAUGCCAGAAAAAGUCUUCGGGGAGAGUUGUAACCUACACAUUCUGCCUUGUCCCUGGUGCACCCAGGCAAUGACUUCAGCCUCCAGGGAAGCCUGUGAUGCCGGUGCAUGUGUGGUAGUGCCCAGCAAGCACUCGGCACGCAGGUCAGUCCCUGCAUGCCCGCGUCCUGCCCGGUGCCCUCCUCCCUGCAGACCCCACAGUGCAGCCUCAAGGGGUCGCAGUUAUUUAUUUCUUUUAUCCAUUUCUUUGGACAUUUCUAAAGCCUCUCUGCAGAAACCUCUGACCUUGCCAUGCCUCGGUUUCCCCUCCCUUCCUUUUUUCCAACCCUGGUCUCCCAAUUUCUGUUUCUCAUGAUUCCCAACCAGAGUGAUUAGAAAUUCUCACCUGUUCGAUUCAAAUUCCCGAGGACUUGAAAGGAUAGAAUACUGUGUAGGGAACUCAAGGUUGCAGUGUGGUCACGGCUUCAGUUUUGCUCCAGUUAUGAUACGUUUUCUCACUGACAGCCUUCCUUCGAUUCUCAUAGAAGCCCCAAAUACCUUGUGUGUGACGAUAUAUUGUAUCCUUUUAAAAACCUGCUUUUAAGUACUAUUUACAGGUUAUUCUGUUAUACUUGCAACCUAGUUUUAAAGUACACGAGAAUUUUAUUAAUACUUUAUACAGACACGUUUAUAGGAAACUCGCUCUUUCUGUUUUUAGGUGCCAUUUACAUUGAUGCCAUUUACUUUAUAAUCUAUUUACAUUUUGUCCGAAUAGAGCCUUCUGGUUUGAAAUAUCUUCAUAUACUGUCAUUUGAUCAAAUAAAUUUCUUACUUAGAAAA